UUUUCGUAAACAAGUACAAGAAAAUUGCGAACACAUGAGUGAAAAUUUUUCGAACAGAUGAAAAGUUCAUAUUUUUAUCAUUAUUCCUUCAACAUAUUUUACGUUGUAGGAGUGAUUUGUAUCAUUCGAGACUUCUCACUUUCUCAGGAAAUUCGAUGUUAUCGAUUUACUCGUGCAAAAUUUUUAAGUAGUACUAAUGUCUAAUGGAAAGUGGAGGUUUUUACCUCCAUUUAAAAAUGAUACUUGAAAUAUUUUAUCGUAUGAAUAAUACUUAUUCGUUCAAAAAGUCAUACUUUGUAAAUAGUUUAAAAAUCACUUCGUAUUUUAUCAGUGUUAUUUUCAUAAUUUCGUGUUUCGAUUUUCCUAAAACUUAUGCGAAUGUGUCGUCUGAAGUUGGUGUAGAAUUCACUUCAAAAGUUGUUUACAAUGAGUAUAUUGUCGGUUUCAAGAAUUAUUAUCUCAGUCAAACAAGAGAGAACUUCAUUGCUGCUGCUCUAAAUGGAUCGAAUAUCAAAAAUUGGCAUAUUAUAAAACGCAAUAACCCAGCUAAAGAUUAUCCUAGUGAUUUCGAUAUAGUUUUUAUUAAUCCAAACGAUUCUAAAAAUGGUCUGGAAGCAUUAAAAAAUCAUCCAUGUGUAAAAAGAAUUACUCCUCAGCAAAUCGUUCAACGUACAAUCAACAGUUUACCGGAAGAACAAAACAAAUCUAACUCCACCGAAUCAAAAGAGGCGCACCGAUUUAAUUUAAAUCAAAAAAAAUUCUGGCAUUCAGCUAGCAGAUAUCUGGGUAGACGACUUUUGAGAGCUGUUCCUAAACAAAUCACUACAAUUCUACAAGCCGAUGUUUUAUGGUCUAUGGGAAUCACGGGUGUUGGUGUAAAAGUCGCAGUUUUUGACACCGGGUUAUCAAAAUCUCAUCCGCAUUUUCGUCGUAUUAAAGAACGAACUGAUUGGACUAAUGAAAAUACUUUGGAAGAUGGUUUAGGACAUGGAACAUUUGUAGCUGGAGUCAUCGCUUCUAGCAAAGAAUGUCUUGGAUUUGCUCCGGAUGCUGACUUAUACGUAUUUAGAGUAUUUACGAAUAAGCAGGUGUCUUAUACGUCUUGGUUCUUGGAUGCAUUUAAUUAUGCCAUAUUGAAAAAAAUUAACGUAUUGAAUCUAAGUAUUGGCGGUCCUGAUUUUAUGGAUCAUCCCUUUGUCGAUAAGGUAUGGGAACUUACGGCAAAUGGGGUUAUUAUGAUCUCAGCCAUCGGUAAUGAUGGCCCUCUUUAUGGGACUUUGAACAAUCCUGGCGAUCAAAUGGAUGUAAUUGGUGUGGGUGGGAUAAACUUUGAAGAUCAAAUCGCUAAAUUUUCCUCGCGUGGAAUGACUACUUGGGAACUUCCACAGGGGUACGGAAGACUGAAACCAGAUAUUGUUACUUAUGGCUCAUCAGUUGCUGGUUCUAGUAUCAAGGGAAGCUGUCGUUCGUUAUCCGGUACAAGCGUCGCAUCUCCUGUAGUAGCUGGUGCGGUGACUCUUCUAAUGAGUAGCGUGUUACAUCGUUCUAACCUUAUCAAUCCUGCUAGUAUGAAGCAAGCUUUAAUGGCGUCGGCGCGCAGAUUGCCAAAAGUCGGAAUGUUUGAACAAGGACAUGGAAAAUUAGAUGUUCUUAGAGCUUACCAAAUACUCAAUAGUUAUAAGCCUCAAGCUAGUUUUAGUCCGAGUUAUAUUGAUCUCAGCGAAUGUCAGUAUAUGUGGCCGUAUUGUACGCAACCAAUUUAUUUUGGAGGUAUUCCAACUAUUGUUAAUGUGACAAUCUUGAACGGUAUGGGUGUUACCGGAUAUAUCAAUGAAAAACCGAAAUGGUACCCGUAUAUACCUCAAAAUGGGCACUUUCUUGAGGUUUCACUAUCGUAUUCAGAAGUUCUGUGGCCUUGGUCUGGAUGGUUGGCUGUGAGUUUAGCCGUGAGUAAAGAAGCAGCUUCAUGGAGUGGUUCAGCUCAUGGGCAUAUCGAACUUACUGUUGAAUCGCCAGCAGCAGACAAUGAAACCAAUGUUCAAAAAUCAACAAUAAAAUUACUUAUAAAAGCAAAUAUAAUUGCAACGCCACCUAGAUCAAAACGAAUUUUAUGGGAUCAGUAUCACAAUUUGAGAUAUCCUCCUGGAUAUUUUCCCAGAGAUGAUUUGAAUAAGAAGACUAAUCCUUUAGACUGGAAUGCUGACCACAUUCAUACUAAUUUCAAAGACAUGUACGAACAUUUAAGAAAUUCAGGGUAUUAUAUAGAAGUAUUAGGAACUCCAUACACAUGUUUCGACGCUUCGCAAUACGGAGCAUUAUUAAUAGUAGACCCAGAAGAGGAAUUUUUUUCUGAAGAAGCUGCAAAAUUAAAGAAAGACGUCGACAAUGGAUUGUCUGUGAUUGUAUUUGCUGAUUGGUAUAAUACGACUGUUAUGAAAAAAAUUAAAUUUUUUGAUGAAAAUACGAGACAAUGGUGGAUGCCUAAUACCGGAGGUUCAAACAUACCUGCUUUAAACGAUUUACUAUCAACAUGGUCCGUCGCAUUUGGUGAUCGAAUAUAUGAAGGCUAUUUCUCUUUGCAAGAUCGCAGCGUUUAUUAUGCUUCGGGUGCUUCCAUCGUGAAAUUUCCUGAUGACGGAAUUUUGAUAUCUAAAAAGUUGAAAGAUCAAGGAGAAGCAAUCAUUAACAAAGAUUCCACUGCACAAGAUACAGUUCCUAUUCUCGGGUUUUUUCAAACUUCUAGUGUUGGUGAAGUAACGACUUAUGGUGGAAGAAUUGUGAUGUACGGAGACUCGAAUUGUUUGGAUAAUAGUAACAGUGUAGAAGACUGCUUUUGGAUGCUGGAUGCCAUCCUUCAAUACGCUUUGACGAGUCAUUUACCUUCUGUAUUUAAGAAUGAUAAUGCACAGCUUCAAAAAACCGAAUUUUCAUUGCCUCAGCGAAUGGAGGGAAAUCAGUUACAUAGGUAUUCAAAAGUAUUAGAAGAUAAUUUAGAAGGUAUUAAAAUCAGACCAUUACCGGCAUGUCCACAUUUAGUUUGGUCCCAUCCAAAUCCAUUAAAUCAAUCUGCCCCCGCGAAUUUAUACAAAUCGCAAAAAUUAUUAUCAAUCGAUAUAGAUAUGGAGUUACCAAUCUUUAGAGUCAAGCAUUUACCCAACGAUACUGUUGACGAGGACGUCGAUUUGUUACCAAUGGUGGCGGUUCUCUUGAUCAUUUUAGGAGCCGUAUUUGUAAUCUACAGAUAUUUCAAGUACAGAAAGAAACCGCGAAGAAGACGAAUAGUCAAAUUCAAACGUUUUUUGUCUGCUAUUCACGCGAAACGUGUACCGUCGGUUUGAGCUUGUAUCAUGUACCUAUGUGGAAAAAGUAUGCAACUUUCAUUGUUUUCAUGUUAGAUUUUUACCAUUAUUUCUAAGAUAUUUUAAGUGUGUUGCUGAUAUUUUUAUACCUGUGUGAUAGUUGGUUCUAGCAACUGCUUUGUCAUUUCGUGUAAAUAUUAUGUGUGAAUUGUUUUUGCUUUUCUAUUUUUUGUCAUGUACGGAUGUACUCGUUGAAUUAUUUUCAAUGUCAGAAGGAUUUUCUAAUUAGAAGUAAUAUCUUAUGUUGAAGACAUGUAAUCAUGUGAUCCUUUACGUUUAUGUGCCUUUUUUUUUUUUCAAAGUUCAAUAAAGUGUACACAUUUUUA